AUGAACCCUGGUAACUGGGAACUGGUUGACAAAGUCAUCGCCAUUCUGAAGCCCAUAUUCCUUACUACGAAAGCUGCAGAAUCUGACACCGUUUCCAUAGAUGAAGUCAUCCCGCUAUUGAAGAAAAUUAACUUUGACAUUGGAGCCAUCACAUACUCUGGGAUAGGAACUCUGAAAGCAGAAGUCCUACAGCAAAUGAAGAGGUUAGAUAAUACAUAAUAUUUUUUAUUUUUAAAAAGCAUGGUGGUAGGUAAGUAGGCACCGAACAGUCUAACUCAAUUUCAGAUAUUUUGUUGUAAAGUACGACAUAGAAAAGACAAAGCAGUAUAGUAUUGCGACAGUCUUGGACCCCAAGUUCAAGCUUGCUGGUUUUCAGAAGAAGGAGAACGGUGUACUCGCGAAGGAGAUGAUUAUCAGGUGGGGCUUGGCUUACUUAUCAUUUAAUUUGAAAUUUUCAAAUUAAAUGCUUUCUCAAUUCUCACGAAGUUAUCACAGUAUCACACACUGGGGUCUGUGAUUUUCCAAAUGCAGAUGAUUAAAUUUACGUAAUACAUUACAUAGUUUUAUUAGUUUAUACAUAACAUAAUAGCUAUUUGCCUAUUUACCACUCCCAGCGAUUUAGCGGAGGUUGCGGAACCAAGACAUGAAGUGGAGAGUGGCGAAAACAAACCUUCAACCAGCAAAGAUAGUUGGGCUGCGGUUCUCGUUGACAAUGACUCGGGUCAGGAUUCACAAGAUGAAGAGAUGGAGGCACCCUACAGGGUGGAACUAGAACGAUACCUCAAAGAAAAAAGAAUAGCUGAUUUGACAAAGGAUCCACUGACAUACUGGAGAGUAAAACACAACGAAUUCCCACAUCUAGGAACUUUGGGGCGCCGCUACCUGUGCCCUCCUCCAGGAAGUGCUACAUCAGAGAGGCUAUUCAGUACGGGAAAGAACGUUCUUGGGACGAAGAGGCUUUCGCUAAAACCUGAUAACAUGGAAGCGAAUCUAUUCUUGAAGUACAAUAUUCGAGCUCUAGGAUACAAAACGGACCUACCCAGGGUAACGGAUGACUUCGUUGCCCCCAACGAGGGGAACCUGCCAGAGGCCGUGGUGGGAGAGGUUCAUGAUGACGAGACGAGUGACGUCGAAAUAAUCAUGAGCGACGAUGAAGACUGA